UCUCGGCGACUCUGCUCCCGCCGGCCCCGAGCGCGGAUUCUAGGAGGGGAGGAGGCUGUCGCUGGCCGGGUCCGCCACAAUCAGGGUGCCCGGAGGGGACCGAGCGCCCCCUCCCUCCCUCCGGAGACCAGGAGCCGCCCCCCGCCGGAGAUCGGCCCCGGAGCGAGGGGCGAUGUGCAGCUAACGGUCCCGUCGGACAGGCUUUCCUCUGGCCCAAGGCGCAGGAGGUGCGCCCAGCUAUGCAGUGUCCGGGGAGACGGCGGGCAUGACGGCGACAGGAUGGGCGCGAACAAUGGCAAACAGUACGGCAGUGAGGGUAAAGAUAAAGCAUAAAGGUAGCCCUCUCUAAACCAGGACUAAACCAGGAAGAGAGCGCUCAUGAGAACCUGUCUACGCUGGUGCUCUGAUCUCUGACUACAUCCCUCCAGAACUUUGAAAAAUAAAUGAAUGUCAUUUAAGUCACCCAUUUAAGUCAGGCAUUUUGUUACAGCCAGUUAUGGUUUGGAUCUGGAAAGUCCCCAGAAGCUCAUGUGUUGGAAGCAAGAUACAGAGAUGGGGCUUGAAAGCAACAAUGAGUGCCCCAAACUUGCCUGUAGAUUAAUCCGUUUGCUGGAUUAAUCAUUGAUAGCUGCAGGACUGCUGAAGGUGGGACCUAGUUGGAGGAAGUAGGUCACUGGGGACAUUCCCUUGGACUAUAUCUGUCCCUAGCCCCUUCCUCUGUUGCUCUCUGCUUCUUAAUGGCCAUGAACUUUACUCCACCAUGCCUUUCUGCCAUGAUGUUUUGCCUCACAUUGGUCCCAGAGCCAUGGACUUUGCAGACCAUGGACUAAGACCUCUGAAAGUAUUGGAAACUUUUCCUCCUCUAAGUUGUUCUUGUUGAGUAUUUUGAUGACAGUGAUGAAGAGCUGACACACACAGCUUAGGAUGUUGGUUAAAAGCAGGUUCCCAGGCCAAGCCUGCUUGGAAGAGAAUAUCAAAGGAGAUGUGAAAAUCAGCUCUAAGUCAAGGAGUGGUGGAGGUGCUUGUACAGCAGGGGGUGUGAUAACCCUUAAGAAUCUCACCAGCUCUUCUACAGUGAGACCUCCUGGCUGCUCAGGGUCUAUCUCAGUUGUCCAGAAUGAAGCCAUGGGUUCAAAGGGAAGCACAUGAAGUAUUCCCCAUGGUGACCACUUGGUAGAAGGUGAAAAACAAGGCUGUUCCCUGUGGCAGUUGACCAGGUGGCUCUGGUGGAGAAGCAUCCCUGACUAGUCCUGCUCAACACCCCAUCUCCAGCCUACGUUCCAAAAACCUAUUUAGAAUUUGACCCAGAGUGAGAACAAUGAAGAAUGGUCUGCAGCCUACCUAUCAAGUACCAUUGGGUGUCUUGACUUUACUGGGCACAGUAACUGGUUCUCACAGCUCCCCAUUUAAACUCACACAUAGAAGUUUCAUGUACUGUUAAAUCAACUCAUGGCUGCAAGCCUUCUUGGUUAAACACACUUCAAAAAAUUCACUGGCCACUGGCUUUUAUGAAGAGAGAUGUCUGAAGAACUUCAAUAAAAUGGGACUUUUUUAAAAAAAAAUUGUUUUUAGUCAUUAAUCUUGUUAAUAUUUGUACCUGAGAAGAGACUGACUGCCAAGACCGAUGUGUCAUGGGCCCUUGGGAGCCAUCUCACAUUCUAUCUGCUUCUCUCCACUAUCACUGCCUCUGCCAAGUGCUCAUCACCACCGGGAGAAGGGCUUCAGAGGUCUCUCUGGUGUUUUCAUUCUGAAUCUCACUGGACCAUCCAGCACCCAGCAGCCAACAUCAUCUUCAGAACAAAAAUCUGUCAUUCUGCUGGAAAGCCAUCCAGUGACUUCCUAAUCCAUAUGGACUAAUGCCAAACUCUUUAUUAUUCUUUUCGGUCCUGUGUGAUUUGCCCCAUCUCUACAUCUCUGCAUUCCUGGAACACACCAGGCUAAUUUCAAGGUCACGUAUUCCAAAUCUUUGGCCUGGAAUGAGCUCGUUGCCUCUUCUCUGUACAUGGCUGACUACUUCCAUCCCCCAGAUUGCAACCCAGAGGUUCCCAGCUCAUUCAGCAAAGCCUUCCAUGAGCUUUCCAUCUGAAGAAGCCUCCCUUUUAUUCAGAAGUACCCCAUGCAUUUCCUCUGGGCACUUGGCAAAGGCAGCUCAAGCAUCUCAUCCGACGUGAGUUCAAGUACAGAUCACACGCCGACCAAAGCCCAGAAGAAUGUGGCUACCAGUGAAGACUCCGACCUGAGCAUGCGCACACUGAGCACGCCCAGCCCAGCCUUGAUAUGUCCACCGACUUUACCAGGAUUUCAGAAUGGAAGGGGCUCAUCCACCUCCUCGUCCUCUGUCACCGGAGAGACGGUGGCCAUGGUCCACUCCCCGCCCCCGACCCGCCUCACACACCCGCUCAUCAGGCUCGCCUCCAGACCCCAGAAAGAGCAGGCCAGCAUAGACCGGCUCCCGGACCACUGCAUGGUGCACAUCUUCUCCUUCCUGCCCACCAACCAGCUGUGCCGCUGUGCACGCGUGUGUCGCCGCUGGUACAACCUGGCGUGGGACCCGCGGCUCUGGAGGACUAUCCGCCUGAUGGGCGAGACCAUCAACGUGGACCGCGCGCUCAAGGUGCUGACCCGCAGGCUGUGCCAGGACACCCCCAACGUGUGUCUCAUGCUGGAAACAGUAAUUGUCAGUGGCUGCCGGCGGCUCACAGACCGAGGGCUUUACACCAUUGCCCAGUGCUGCCCCGAACUGAGGCGACUGGAAGUCUCAGGCUGUUACAAUAUCUCCAAUGAGGCCGUUUUUGACGUGGUCUCCCUCUGCCCCAACCUGGAGCACCUGGACGUGUCAGGGUGCUCCAAAGUGACCUGCAUCAGCUUGACCCGGGAGGCCUCCAUUAAAUUGUCCCCCUUGCAUGGCAAACAGAUUUCCAUCCGCUACCUGGACAUGACGGACUGCUUCGUGCUGGAGGACGAGGGCCUGCACACCAUCGCAGCGCACUGCACGCAGCUGACCCACCUGUACCUGCGACGCUGCGUCCGCCUCACCGACGAGGGCCUCCGCUACCUGGUGAUCUACUGCACGUCCAUCAAGGAGCUGAGUGUCAGCGACUGCCGCUUCGUCAGUGACUUCGGCCUGCGGGAGAUCGCCAAGCUGGAGUCCCGCCUGCGGUACCUCAGCAUCGCCCACUGUGGCCGGGUGACCGACGUGGGCAUCCGUUACGUGGCCAAGUACUGCAGCAAGUUGCGCUACCUCAACGCGAGGGGCUGCGAGGGCAUCACGGACCAUGGCGUGGAGUACCUUGCCAAGAACUGCACGAAACUCAAAUCUCUGGACAUCGGCAAAUGCCCACUGGUCUCCGACACGGGCCUGGAGUGCCUGGCCCUGAACUGCUUCAAUCUCAAGCGCCUCAGCCUCAAGUCCUGCGAGAGCAUCACCGGCCAGGGCCUGCAGAUCGUGGCGGCCAACUGCUUUGACCUCCAGAUGCUGAAUGUCCAAGACUGCGAGGUUUCCGUGGAGGCCCUGCGGUUUGUCAAACGCCACUGCAAGCGCUGCGUCAUCGAGCACACCAACCCCGCCUUCUUCUGAAGGGACAGCUUUCAUGGGGAGUGGUCUCCAUACAAACACGAUGCUCUUUAAAAGCAGCAUAUGUAAGCACCCACACUCACUCAGCAGCUAUUUCUUUCAGGAAGAUUCUUAGGAAUCUGGCUUUUACUUUUCCUCAUUUCUCAUGGGUGACAGAGGUCAAAGAAAUUAAAGGGUAAAGAACAGAUUUCUAUUGCAGCAAACAGUGUUUUUGGUCAGGUAAUUUGUAGACAGCUUCUCCUCUCACAUAAAAUGUUCCCUUAGGCAGAUGGCGGUCUUUAGAACUGUACCUUACUUUCCUCUCCCCACCAGCGCUCCUGAACACAGGUCACACCCACAACGUGCCACAUCCCGGCCCUUAGCUCCACCCUCCCUCCAUCCUCCAUCUGCAACUGCCACAAGAGUAUCGCAACCACAGCGCUCUCUAGAGCUCCUCUUCAAACUGCUUGGUUGACCUGAGCCCCGCCCCUUAAUGUCACACCAAGCAAAUUGUGGUUAAAUAAGUGUCCUAAAUCACUUUGAAUUUACAAAGAGCUUUUCAGACCUUUUUUUAAAAAAUCCAUUAUGGCAAGCAGCAUGGUGGAAGAGACCUUUGUUUUUUUACCCAGAUCUUCUGCUAACUAGCUGGGUGACCUUGGCCAAAGAACUUCACCUCUCCAGGCUUCAGCUUGCAACACUGAAUUAGAAGCCACCCAGCUAGAGAAUUAGUCCCAUGCUGGUUUAGGAUUAAGAGAACAGACAUGUCAAUAAGCAGCCACACAGUCAUGUACCUCUUCCAAGAGAACUGAUUAUGUAGUUGGGCUCCUUUCAGGAGGUUCCACAGUGCCCAUGUCAGUGCACAUAGGAUCCUAUGUGUCCUUUUGCUCUCAUGCGAGUACCACUCACUCUCAGUUUGUUUUGGUGGAUGAGUCUAUUGCACAUCGUCUCCUGCCCCUCUGGAUGCUAUGGUUUCUGUGCACAAGUACUUUCAGCUUUCCCCUUCUCAACACUGUCUUAGCAGAGCACCAGAAUGUCUGAACAUGGGGAAGUUCAAAUCCCCCAGUCAAGGGAGGAAAGACCCUUGCAAUUUUUAAUUAACAAGUGAGGCCCAAGGGAACCCAUGUCCUCAAAGGUUUUUCUAAUCCCUCUCAGAGCACAUGUGGCAUACAUCAGGCACAUCUGUCCUGCAGCUGGCAGAGACAGAUGCUGUGGUUUUUUUGUCAUUUAGAUUGCAUUUUGACUUUUCUCAUCUAUUUAUUUCUUUAUGCAUCCAGACUUCAUCACAUGUAGUCUACUGGGGUUAAGUUUAUAAAUGUUUAAUUGUGCAAAUUGCCACCUUGUGUCUCCCGUAGUGGCUGUCUGCAUGCAUUCCAUUAAAGAAUACAAAGUAGACUUCCAGGUGUUUAAAUACUGUGCACUCGAAAAUCUCAGACAAGUUGAAGAGGGAACACAUUGAUAAGACAGAUGCUAGUCCACUAACCAAACCCUUGGAAUAGAACAAUAACAUCAUGACAAAAUAUCAAUUUUAAGUGGUCCUAUAUGGAAAUAAUUGACUCGCUAGUCUAUUAUGUGAAAUCAGGUAAUCAGGAGAAAUUUCAUGCUCAUGAAAUGUAGUGUCAUUUAUUAGUAAACCCAAGACCUUUCCCAAAUUAGUCUCUGACCACACCCUUCUUCUUUGCUGCUGAAACAGCUCAUGUAUUUCCUUCCUAAAGGGGCCACCAUCCAAUUCCAGAACCUCUGCAUUUCCUAGCCAACUGUGCUGACUUUGUUUCAGAGCCAGCUUACAUACCACUCACUUGACAACUGCACUCCUACUGUAGGCUCCCGUGCACAUUGUAGUCUUAUGUCAGGAAGGAGGAGCUAGAGAGAUGAGAUGAGUCUGUCCAGGAGGUUUCUAUCAUACAUCAUAUGAAACAUGGCUUUCUGUCCAACUGACAUCAUCCUCAACCCAGAUACGCAAUCAAUGCAAUGUGCCAUGAGGGGAGGUGACUUGUUUGGCUGGGGACAGCAUUUGGUGUUAGCCAUAGAGUUUAGAACCAUAAUAGAAUUUGAAAGGAACAUACCUCUGGUCUGUGACUGUUGACUAUCCAUGGUUUCAGAAUUUAGGAGUCACAGAUGAUUGUCCUUCACUUUUGGCUCUGGGAUAUUCCAGAUAAGCUGGUUUAAUGCUCUUGGAAUGAGCAGGGAGAUCCAGAACAGCUCCCUGAACCAUUCUGAGUGUCUCUGUCGCCACCACCCGACCACAUCACCUAACCAAUUUUCCAAGCAUGAGACCAAGACCACUUCUCACACUGGUUGCCUGCCCAGCACAUGCUGUCUUUCCCAGUUUCUCCCCUUUCCUGGUGUCCUCUUCAUCCAUUCUGCUCUCCCUUGGGGGUAUGAAUCUGUGACAGAGGUUACUGGGAAAACAGCUCAGCAGAUUUUUAGAGACCAAGCAAAAGUGCUCAGCAGAAAAAUUUAUCUGUUUUAAAACAUUGCUUCCUUCCUGGCUCUGCUAAAUUGAAUGCUCAUUGUUUUUGUAACUCUAAUGUUCAAAUCACUGCGUGCUGUAUGACUCUAGAAAGCCUUAAUUUACUACCACCAAGAAAUAAAGCAAUAUGUUGGUAA